AUGGAUCUUGGAAUAUAAAUAAAUACACUAAAUUAAAUUGACUAAUUAUUAAACCUGAAUGGUCGAAAUUAGCAAUUUUUAGAAUAGAAUCAUUAAUUGUACAAGUAAUUGGGGCAAUAAAUAUAUGUGUUGUUGACGAUUUUAGAAUAAAUGAAGAAUGAUAGAAUAUUAACAAUAGGCUUCACUACAUUUGUGAUUCUAUUAUUUAUUUUCUUUAUUUUAUCAGCGUUUAUAAGGAUUUAAGCGUUGCUUUUAGGAAUAUGCAUAAGUUAUGUUGUCGUAUUCUGUUUAGUAGUAAAAAGGGAUCACUUAAUUUAAUACAUUUAGUAUUAUUUUCACUUGAUCAAUAAAUAAAUAGUUUAUAUAACUAAGCAAUUAGAAUUAUUAAAGAUGAAGGAAAUAUAUUAUAAAUUUUACAGAACAAAGUAUUAAAAUAGAAUCAUCGAACUGCAAUAAGAAAUAUAAAAUUGA